AUGGAGCACAAUGGCUGGACACCCGAUGUUCUCGAAGGCCAUAUUGACAGCACAGACAGCACAGACAGCAUAGAAAACAUUUCUGAAGCUGCUAAGAACUGUUACCUUGCCCUUGACGCCCUUCUCAAUGCCAUUCCGGAUGACACGAGUGACCAGGUCAUCCAAGCAAUCCCGGGAAAGGAAGCUGUCAAGAAACGCGAUGUGGAGCAGCUGUGGGGAAGAUUUGAGCAAUGGGCUGGCAACCUCGGUGCCAUGCAGCCUCGAACCUCCCCCGUAUCACUCGAGCACCGCCUGCGAAAUAGCCCUGCCGUUAAGGAGGCCAUACUCGGGUUUCUCCUCAAUCUCUAUGACUCUACCGAGGCGGCAACGGAUAUUAUCAGCGGAAAGCGCAUCAACAGAACAGCGAGCAUGUUGGUGGAUUCAGAUGUCGAUCUGGCCGAGUAUUACAUCUCAUCCAGCGAUUCCGGCUCGUCUCUCUCGGCAAGUUCCGCCGAGACUCGGGAUCCUGAAACCUCGAUAUCGGAAAUCCACGAGCUGAUGUCGGCAAUAAAACACGCCAUCGACAGCUUGUUCAAGGCGUCCGACUUUAUACGAAAGUUUGCUCCCUCAGAAAGACGCCAGCGGGCAUCCAGGACGUCGCCAUUUGACAGCCAUGCCGACAAGAUGUAUCUCAGGGAUCGGUACCCAGCUGCCUCGCGGAAGAACGAGCCACUAGUGAUGCGACUUGGUGAGGCCAAUGCUCGAAGGAGGCAGUAUUUUAAGUAUCGGCGGGACCACAGCGCCCGGUUGGCGACCUUGCCAUCCGACGAGAUGCAGUUCGCCAACGCUCCCAACCCCGAGUCUCGGUCACUUUCCAACCAUACCAAGCCAAUCGAGGGCCAAGCUCCUGGGCCAAGUGCCGAUAAGUCUGCCAUCUCAAAGGCCACAAAACUCACUUUGUUCGCAGAGACAGAGGCAACAGAGCUUGUGAUGGGAAACUUGGAAGCUGCGACAACAUUUCUCGAGCCUACACCCUCUGUGGCUUCCUUUGCAACAUCUAUUGUUGAACAAUCAGACGACCCAUUGUCAUUCCCACCAAUGCCCCAAGAAGCUCUGGAUACCUCAUCUUUUAUUUGUUCAUACUGCCACAUGGUCGUAUCAAUGAAGUCGUCCAAAGACAAGAAUCAUCAAUGGAGAAAACAUGUCAUCAAUGAUCUUCAACCAUACAUAUGCACGUUUCCAACCUGCUCGCUAGAUGCAUUUACCUCGCAGCAUUCCUGGUUUGAGCACGAACUUCUCAAACAUCGCAACAAUUGGCGCUGUCAAAUAUGUCACGACCCUGAUGCUCCAGCCUUUGGGACGGUUGAGGAAAUACACCGCCAUAUUACACAAUCCCACAGCGACGUUCUCGAAAAGCAAGUUGCCGACGUUGUCGAACAGUCACGUCGACCACUGCAAUGGAUCCCCGCAAACGACUGUCCACUGUGUGAUGAAAACUGGGCAUCUGCAGAUGUGGGAAAAGGCGACGGACAUGUCAUCGUGGUUGAUCCGGAUCAGUUUCGAAAGCACCUCGGUCAUCACCUACAGCAAAUCGCGCUUUUCUCUCUCCCACGCGCGCCCCCGAACGAAAACGCCGGCUCAAACGAAGUAAUUGGCUUACUUCCAGAUCAGGAACAUGUUCCAGCCGCGGGCUACAAGUGGGUUCGCGAGGACUGCGGUCGCGGCUGGAGCGUCAUUGCAAAGAAACGGUCAACAUUCAUUGCCUUCUCGGCCUUCCUAAAGAAGCUGGAAGAGACUAACCGAAACAUGCCUACCGUCGAUGCUAAAGACAAGGUGUCACUCGUGCGCACGCUAUACCAUCCACAAAGCUCUCCAAUCUACUCGGUGAGCAUCUCUCCAAACCGAAGGUUUCUUGCUGUUGGUUAUAGAACCUCCGUCGCGAUAUUUGACCCUGCAACGUCCCAAAACCACUGCAUUCUCUACUAUGGCCCGGGGGGUGAGACUAUCUUCGAGAACAACAUAUAUGCGACCCAUUACCGCUGUUUGAUCUUCACUGCCGACUCUAAAUACCUCGUAACAGGAGGAGACGAAGGAAAAAUCAUGGUAGGUUCAACGCUUGUCGUAAGUUCACGUCGCUACCUUUCGUAG